CGUUUACCGUUUGACUUACUCUUAAACUACGAUCACUAGCGAAAGCUUCUCCUUCACCUAUAUCAGCAUGAAGAAUAUCUGUCUGACCGGCGACCGGUGAUGAGAAAACAUUUACGUUUUGAACAUUUUUGGUCAUAAGUCCUAAUUCUCCUCCGAAGCUACCUUCCCCAGAUUUCCCCACAAAGACAAAAGGUACAAACAAAGUACGAACGUAGCGGCGCCCGUCAAUGUCCGUUAAAGAUGUUUCAUCAAAUAGCAAGAAAGUCAUCCGAUUCUUAUAACAGCAUUUAAAAGCAUAUAAAGGCACCGUCGCACAUCUAGCCUCAUUCAUUAAAUUCCUCAUCCUCCUAACUUCUAUCGCAAUAACCUUUCUACCUAACGAAUAGCACUUUAUUAUAAUGGCUAGCAAUCUUCAUGUCCUCGAGGACAGUCAUCACCAAACCGCUCGUAUUGAUGCAUAUAAGGUGGCGCAACAGUUAGACAACUACGAUGUUGUCGUCGAUGCAGCUGCAAAAGCAACUAAAACUGAUCAUGAAAUGACAUUAUGGCAAGCUUUAAAAAGAAAUAAGAAAGCUGUAUUAUGGUCUAUGCUUCUUUCAACGGCACUCGUUAUGGAAGGUUAUGAUUUAGUCAUCAUUAAUUCCUUCUACGGACAAGAACAAUUCAGACAACAUUAUGGUAAAUUCGAUGAAGCAAAUCAAAAAUGGUAUAUCCCUGCUUCUUGGCAAUCAGGUCUGACAAACGGAGCUUUGUGUGGUCAAAUCGUUGGCUUAUUAAUCAAUUCUUGGGCUUCACAACGCUUUGGCUACCGUAGAACCAUGGCUACGGCUUUAGCGUUUAUGGCAUGUGCAAUCUUUCCCGUUUUCUUCGCUCCAAACUUACCAGUCCUUGUUCUCGGCGAAAUAUUGUGCGGUUUACCCUGGGGAAUUUUCCAGACAAUCACGACUGCUUAUGCCGCCGACAUCUUACCAAUCGCUUUACGACCUCUUUUAACAUCAUAUGUCAACAUGUGUUGGGGUUUCGGAAUCUUGAUGAGUAGUGGCGUUGCACGUGCAGCUUUAGACCUUGAAGGAGCAAAAGCAUAUCAUGUUCCGUUUGCCUUACAAUGGAUUUGGCCUCUUCCAUUGUUCAUUGGAGUCUGUUUCGCGCCAGAAUCUCCUUGGUGGUUAAUUCGUAAAGGACGUGUAGACGAUGCUGAACAUAGCAUUCGCAGAUUAAACUCCUCUAGCACAUCGGAAGAAGAAGUACAAGACACUUUGGCUAUGAUGCAGCAUACUGACGCGAUUGAAAAGGCCGAAAACGAGGGUGUGAACAUCCUUGAUUGCUUCAGAGGAACGAAUUUACGUAGAACAGAGAUUGGAUGUGCUGUUUUUGCCAUUCAAUAUCUCGCGGGCGGACCUUUGAUUGGCUAUGCUGUUACAUUUUUACAACAAGCCGGUAUGGAUGACGAAUCAGCAUUCGAUUUCAACCUAGGAGUGACUACAAUGUUUACGGUCGGAACAAUCGUUUCAUGGUUCUUCUUAAACAAGGUCGGCCGUCGUACGAUCUACAUUGGCGGUAUUGCUCUUAUGAGCUUUAUCUCUCUGAUUAUCGGUAUUUUAGGUUUCAUACCUAACACAAGUUUAGCCGUUGGUGUUUUAUUGAUCUGCCUAAAUUUCGCCUAUAAUAUCGGAAUUGGUCCUGUUUGCUACUGCAUCGUUGCAGAGGUAUCUUCUUCUCGUUUACGACCAAUCGCUGUUGUAUUGUCGCGCAUAAGCUACAACUUGAUGGGCUUAGUAUGCAAUACAAUUACUCCAAGAAUGAUUCAACCAACCAGUUGGGGAUGGGGAGCCCGUUGCGGCUUAUUUUGGAUGGGCACAGGGAUUGCUGCAUGCACAUACUGCUACUUCCGAUUGGUUGAAACCCGUGGUAGAACGUUUGCUGAAUUGGAUGCUUUAUUUGCUGCUAAAAUUCCCGCCCGCAAGUUUGCAACGACAGAUAUCGAUCUUUUCACGCACACACAAGAUGUUAAAAAUGCAACUCCAACAAAUGGGAAGCAAGGCUCAAAUGGAGAAUCAGACUCUGUUGAUGAUAAGAAAUUUUAAAUGAAAAGAAAAAAACUCUCUUUGGAUAUAUUAAUUCUUUACGAUGUAUCUAUUUUUGUUCUUAUUGAUGAUGAUGAUCGAAUAU